CAGUCGGACGUUAGAUCCGCUCCCACUGAUACUGUACCCGAAUCUGCUCUCCCCCUCGCGAGAGACCACCAAUUACCGUCCUCCCCUGUGUCGCUUAGCUGACCAUAGUCAAGGGCGGGGGAGGGUCAGAUGUCGGCAUCUACCCGUACUCCUCACCUGCGGCCACCAGCAUCCGACUACUUGCAAUGUGUGGUGCUGCAGUUGACGCUCCGCGUGCCGGGCUGCCUGCCCCUUUGCAGCAAUGCGAAUGCUGGGUGGCUUACGGCCGCUUUUGGAGCGGCGCUCCUUCGAGACUCAGCUCUCCUCCCGGCGGCCUCUGCCUGGACCCCGUUGCCCCUCCCUCCCCUUCCCCUCAGCGUCCAAGCUGUCGUGCUGACCGUCCAGUGAUGCCUUUGAAGGCAUCGCAGCAUUACUGUCGGGAGCGUCUCACCUUCACCCAGACUGCAAAUAAGAGGUGGAGCAAUGAGUGAGCAGAGAGCCAUGCUGCCCGCUCG